AUGGCCUUGGAAUCUGCCCAACCUAUCACUAUUAGACUAGAUGGACACAACUACAGCCACUGGUCCUUUCUCAUGAGAAGCUUUAUCAAGGGAAGGGGUCUUUGGAAGUACAUUAGUGGUGAUUCAAAGUGUCCUGGCAAAGAUGAUUCAAAAUAUGCUGACUGGGAGAUCAACAACAACAAAAUUCUCACAUGGAUUGCCAACACCGUCACACCGUCAAUCAACAUGCAACUUGGGAAAUUUGAUACAGCCAAGCAAGCAUGA